AUGUGCGGUUCAAAAAGUCAGUCAUUAGUAUUCCUUGGACUGGUUUUCAACAGCCUAGAAAUGGUUUUUUCAUCUAGCACAGGUUUCUCUGUGUCUAUAUAUGAUGUGACAUCAAGAAGCAUUUAUCUCAGAUGGCCUAAGGUUUCAGGAGCCUUUUUCUACAGAAUCACAGCUACAGCUGUGAAUACUGUAGGCCAUUCUUUACUGGCUCAUUUUAGUGAUGCUACAUUUACAGGCAUGCUAACUUCAUUAAUUCCCAAUACUGUUUAUGCUAUACAAGCAGAAGCCAUUGACAAGAAUGGAAUUAUUCUGGCUGAAACACAGAUUAUGCAGUCAACAGCUCCAGACAUACCUGUUAUUGAUCAGGCUUACUCAAAACUUAGCAACAGUAUCACAGUGGAAUGGAGAGCGGUACCUGGAGCUACUAGUUACCUACUGUCUGCACAAGAUGGAGAUUCCUGCACUGAAACUAUAGUCACAAAUUCACCGGGUACAGUUAUGGGAUUGAAACCUGCCACCUCAUACAGAAUCACUAUCAGAUCUAUAAAUGCAGGAGGAAAAAGCCAGCCUUCACCUUCCAGAAAAGCAAAAACAGUCCUGGCUGCUCCAGUUCUGUCUGUUAGUUCCCUGAGCUGUGACUCCAUUGCAGUGAGCUGGAAAGCUGUGUAUAUGGCAGCUGGAUUCUCUGUGUCCCUGAUGAGAUCGGAUGGUUUGGGCAGAAUGCUGAAGCAGAAGACCACCAAUACUUUCUUCGUAUUUACAAAUUUAGAUCCAGGAACUCUCUAUACUAUCAAGGCAUAUGCCUGGAAUGCCAAUGGGCUUCCUGGAGAUGAUUUCACAUACAACCAAAGAACAAGGAAGAAAUUUUAUUUUCUAAAACUAAGUCCUCAGGCACCAGUGGACGUUCAAGUAGUUUUCAAUAGCGGUGCUUUAAGAGCUGUUGUUUCUUGGAUGCCAGCAGAAGGAGCUCUAACUUACAGUGUGACAGCCUCCAGUGGACUCCUGAAACUGAAGUGUAACACAUCGUCCGCCUCCUGCGUGGUACCGUCACUCCAGUGCGGAUCUGAAUAUUCUGUUUCUGUCACAGCACAUAAUGAUGCUGGAUCCAGUAAACCUACUGAUGCAGUAAGCUUAAAAACUAUCCCUUGUGCACCAGGAAAUAUAUCAAUUGAAGAGGAUGAACCUGGCAACUUGUUGGUAUCAUGGUCCAGUGUCAGUUUUGGCCAUUAUUAUGUGGUUUUUGUGAAGAGUGAUGAUGGCUUGGAAGUGCACUGCAACACAUCACAUACUCAAUGCCAUUUCCAAUCAGACUGCGGUUUCACCUACUUCAUUAGUGUCUUUGCAUACAACAAGGCAGGGCAGAGUCCUUUAGGCGAUGUAUUCAAUUACACCACUGCACCUUGCUGCCCCAGCGACUUCCAUGCUGUGCUGGUGGCAAGUGACACCGUGGAGGUGACCUGGGCUCCUGUCCGCGGUGCUGAACUGUACGAGCCAAAAGCUGCUGAGGGGAGCAGUGCUGUGCUCUGCAACGACACCGCCAUGGCCUGCACCUUGUCUGCUCUGCGCUGCAAUACCAUCUACAACAUCACUGUUUACUCAUUCAGCGAGAUCAGGGGCAGCAACACAUCAUGCACACCUAAAUACGUGGCAACAGCUCCCUGCAGUCCUGAAAUUAAAAAUAUCUCAAAGGAGGCUCUUUCUGUAAUCACUGUGCACUGGCAGUCUAACAAUGAAGAAGCUACAUAUACCGUAACUGCACGAGGAGAAGCUGGACUUUGGCAUUGCACAAGCUCUGGAAACUCCUGUACCCUAAUUAAUCUUCCCUGUGGAUCUGCUUUCUCUGUUAGUGCUAUAGCAAGGUCACGGGUGGGACAGAGCUUACCCAGCUACAGUGUUCCUUUAGAGACAGCUCCUUGUUGCCCUAACGACCUGACACUGACUCAAGUGACACAGUCUGUAACAAACAUCAGCUGGUCUGCUGGGAUGGGUGCUCAGACAUAUGUAACAAUGCUGGAGUCUUCAAAAGGAUGGGCAAAGUGUCACACUCUUCAGAACUACUGUCUCCUGGGAUGCAUCACAUGUGGCACCAACUAUACAGUAUCACUGAGAGCAAUCAGUGAAACUGGUUUGACAUCCAGUUGCACAUAUCAAGGAUACUCUUCCAGUGCUUGCUGUCCUUCUGGAGUGAAGCUAUACAGAAUUGGCAAUAACGGUAUCCGGGUGUACUGGCGAGCUUCUGCAGAAACCAAGAGCUACAAUAGUGAUUUACGUGGUUCAAAAGGCAAUUUCACCUGUACUCCUAGCUCUGGGCGAAGUUACUGUGAUAUCACUGAGAUACCUUGUGGGGAUGUCUACACACUGGUAGUAUCUCCAGUUACCGAUAAGGAGCCAAAGCUUACAUUUUGUCCUAAGAAAAUAUAUUCAGUAACCUGUUCUGGAAGCUCUGUUGGAAUGGGUAAGAACACACAGCACAUUCAUUCCAAAUUCAUGAUGUUUGUAAAGCUUAUUAACACUGUGACCCCAAAUAUGUUGCAAAUAAGUUAUAUUGGAUAG